UUGGAUGGGAAACCGUUUUUAGUUUCUUCUUUUUUUGAAAAACGACGAGCUUCAAUUGAAACGCUCCGGAACAAAUCCACUCAGUUUGUGAUUUGAAUCUCAAGCAAACGGUUGCACCUCGAUAUUUUUUAAAAUUCAAUUGCCGUUUGGUUGCAAACAGUUUUUUCGUAAUAAUGUUAAAGUAAAUUGUUUUGGAAAUAGUGGAAAUUUCUGUAUCUUUUCUAUAUAUAUAAAUUAUUUCGGGCGAAAGUGAUUUUUUUUUUCAAAUUCAAUUUUAAAACAUCGAAAAUAUGUCUUCAGGUGAUUUAGAGGGAGCAAACAGUCCAUCAUUGUCUAAUGGUGACAAAUCAAAUGGUGGCACCUUUUCCGAUUGUGAUCAAACCGAUGAGAAUUUAAUAAGCAGCCCAACGGUUAGUGAUUCAAUAAAAAGUGAUCGAAAAACAUUCGGAUGGUUUGGUUAUCAACCAAAAUGCCUACAACAUUUACUCUCGGCGAAAUGGGCGCUGUUUUGGAUGUGCUGGGCGGGUGCACUGCAGGGGUUACUCGUUAACGGAUGCAUCAAUGUUGUAAUCACGACCAUCGAGAAACGUUAUGGUCUACGUUCGUCACAAACAGGUUUAGUUGCAAGUGGCUAUGACAUAGCAUCGUUCGUUUGUUUGGUUCCGGUUACAUAUUUUGGCGGCAGAAAAAAUGCAUCAAAACCAAAAUGGAUUGGAUUGGGUAUGAUAAUGAUGGGACUGGGUUCAAUGGUCUUUUCAUUACCACAUUUUUUGGUCGGUUCAUAUAGAGCAACAAGUGUCGAAACUAACGUUUGUCUCACCGAAGCCAAUGUAAAUACGACGUGCACAGAUAAAUUGAUAAACGCCAACGAUGAUCUGUCAUGGAAUGUUUGGUUUUUUUUCUUGGCUCAACUUUUGCACGGUGCUGGCGCAGCGCCACUUUUUACACUUGGCGUUACCUUUAUCGAUGAAAAUGUCUCAAAGAAAAUGUCAUCAGUGUAUUUGGGUAUUUAUUACACUAUGACAAUAAUUGGUCCUGCUGUGGGUUAUGUUGUUGGCGGACAACUAUUGCAAAUAUACACCGAUUUCUUGACAGUGGAUCCUUUGACAUUCGGAUUGACACCCAAUAGUAAGGUCUGGAUAGGUGCUUGGUGGAUUGGAUUCGUGUUUAUUGCAUUAAUUUGUUUACUUUUAAGUAUACCGAUUCUCGCUUAUCCAUCUUCGUUGCCAGGUUCGGAGAAGUUGCAACAAGUUAAAGUUUCAGAAGCGCACAAUGGCAGCACCCCAAAACAAUAUUCAAAACUACGUGAAAUGCACAAAGCCAUAUUCGCUCUAUUACAAAAUCCAACGCUUUUCUUCUUAAAUUUAGCCGGAGCCAGCGAAGGGUUGAUAAUUGCAGGAUUCGCGGCAUUUUUGCCGAAGCAAAUUGAAAAUCAAUUCAGUGUGACAGCCAUUUCGGCUGCUUUAGUUAUGGGACUGAUUACCGUACCGGCUGGCGGUGGUGGCACAUUUUUUGGCGGCUACUUGGUGAAAAAGUUCAAUUUGGCUUGUUCGGGAAUCAUUAAAAUGUGUCUAAUAUCAACGGCGAUUGCAACAUGUUUUACCGUUUGUUUUUUUAUUUCGUGCCCAAAUAUGCAUUUUGCCGGAAUAACUGGACCGUAUCGAACUCAAGUGGAAACGUAUGAAACAAAUACAAUUCGACCACCACAACAUUUUGCCAAACAAUUUCAUCUGGAAAGUGAAUGUAAUAGCAUGUGCAAAUGCAGUCGAUCUCAUUAUGAUCCAGUUUGUGGUGUCGAUGGAAUUAUGUAUUACUCACCUUGCCAUGCAGGAUGUUUCAAAGAACUGAAUAUGGACAAUUCCAAAGUUUAUCUCGAUUGUGAGUGCAUUUCGGUACCGAAUAAAACACAAGACCGUGGCUAUGAUGCAAUUAAUACCAUGUGCAAUACAAAGUGUAACAAUCUGUGGUAUUUUGUGAGUUUGUGCUUUUUCGUCAUGUUUUUCACAUUUCUCAGCACAAUGCCAGCGCUAUCCGGUACAUUAAGAUGCGUCCACAGCGAACAGCGUUCAUUUGCGUUGGGAAUUCAAUGGAUUGUGGUUCGUGUUUUGGGAACCAUUCCAGCUCCGAUGAUUUUCGGUUCGUUGAUCGAUGAUUCGUGUAUUUUAUGGCAAGAGUCAUGCAAUGAGGCCGGUGCAUGUCUUGUGUACGAUAACAGUAGCUUGAGCAGAUACAUGUUAUAUCUCGCUCUUACGGCCAAACUUUGUUCCACUAUUUUCUUCUUUGGUGCUUGGAUGAGUUACAUUCCGCCAAAGCAUAUUCAACAAAAUGACCAAGAAUCGAACGAAAACACUCAAGACGAAGCAGAACAUGAAGUUAUUAUUUACAACAAUAACCGAUCAAACCCAAUCGAUGACAAUGUUUAAACAGCAUUCCAUAAAAAACUACUCCCUUUUGUUUUGAAUUAGAUAUUAAGAAUUUUGAUACAAUUCACAUUUUACUCAGUGCAUUCAUUCCUCGUUUUAUACGCCAAAUAGACUUUGAUGAGAAAAUAUACGUAACAUUUCAUCCAAUUUGUAAAUUUACAUCUCGUACGUACCAUUAAGUUUCAAUUUACAAACGAAUCAUAA